AUGAGUACCAACAGCGAUUUCACCAUCGAAGGAGCGCGACGCAGUCGCAUCUCAGACAGCACGCGCCUCGGAUACUUGUCCGGCAUUAAGCAGGUAGUCAACUGGGCUGUUAUGGCAGGGAAGCCAGAGCUCUUGAUGCCAAGCACCGAGCAUGAGGGUCGCAUGACCUUAGAUCUGCGUGUGUUUGCGUACGAGAACUUUUUGGAGUUCAUUGUCUGGACUGUUCGGGAACGAGAUAUUGGCCUGGGCGCCCUAAGCGGCUACCGCAGUGCAGUCAAGAGUUUGUACAUCGAUCAAGGUAUUGCUCUCCCUGAGCCAUACGAUGGGGACAUGAAGGUCAUUUUUUCGGGAAUUCGAAAGUCCGUCGCCCAGAACCUUCAAAAUGGGUCCAAGGAAUUCACUGGCAAGCGUCCAAUGUCGUUUUCGGUAUUUGAGCAUCUCUGCGCGGCGAGCAUGGGCCUGCCCGAUUGCGGAUUUACGCAUCUCUACCUAGUUCUCUCAUGGAACUUGAUGUGCCGUUCCAAAUCCACGGAGACGAUAAGAUUUGAGCACAUGUCGUGCGAGGACGAUGCCAUUGGGUUCGUCUUUCAUAAAACCAAGACGAGCCAAGAAG